GCAAGUUCCUCUCUAUUGAUGGCAAGAAAUCCAUCAGCACUCAGGCCCUUUUCGAUUGGCUGUGGGCACUCAGCCUCUUCCAGCGGACCUGCCAGUGUGAGGCCCGUGGAUUGGCUGCAGCACAGCUGCAGUGAGGAUGCAGGUCUGAGGAGGGCUGGGAGCCGGUUUGUACCGCAUCAGUCCCUUCUGCGCUGGGGCAGGUUUCCCCAGCUCUCGUCUUCACAGCUCCUGCCGCCCUGGGAAGAGGAGGAGGAGGAGGAAGAGGAGGAUAAAAAGUCAGUCUCUGUCCAGAUCUGUGAACGCUGCUUCUUAAUUUUAAAGGCAUAGGUAAAUCAGCCAGACAGCCAGACGGCCGCGCUGGACCGGCGCAAGCGGCUUGAAGGGAAGCCAAAGUUCGGACUCUUGCCGGCGGAUUAGACUUUCGUUGCAGUCUAGGGCAGCUGAGCAGAAGUGUUCGGUGGGGUUGAUGUCCCCCGGCGCGCAGCUCCUCGUGUCUGAGAGGGGGGCUCUCUCGCCAGGGGUAGCGCAGGAUAGUGAGGCGUAGGGGGAUUUUCUGGAAGCGUCGGCCGUGAUGCCCGCAGGCUGUGUCCUGGCGGACGCGGCGGUGUAGCCUGUCGGCGGGGGUGUUCAGCUCAGGCUGCUGUCAGACUCGGGUUCCGCGGUUCUCGGGGGCAGGGAUGGCGCAGGGGCUGUGGGAGUGCCUGUCCCGCUGGUUUGCGCCGGCGAGGGCUCAGGGAGAGGAGCGGGAUGCCGAGAGGAAAGCUGGAGCUCCGGGAGCCAGGCAGGGGAAAGAGGAGAGCGUCAGGACCGAGAAGACGACGAUGAUCAUCGUGGUGGCGCCCCCAGAAGAUCUCAAACAGAAAAUUGUGAAGGCCGGGGACAAGGACCUGGAUGGCCAGCUGGACUUCGAAGAGUUUGUCCACUACCUCCGCGACCACGAGAAGAAGCUGCGGCUCGUCUUCAAGAGCCUGGACAGGAAGAACGAUGGUCGAAUUGAUGCACAGGAGAUUAUGCAGUCGCUGCGUGACCUGGGCGUGCACAUCUCCGAGCAACAGGCGGAGAAGAUCCUGAAGAGAAUAAGGAAGGGUCAAAACUGGGCCCCUAUAACUUACAUGGACAAGAACGGGACAAUGACCAUUGACUGGAAUGAGUGGAGAGAUUAUCACCUGUUGCACCCAGCUGAUAAUAUUCCCGAAAUCAUUCUGUACUGGAAGCACUCCACGAUAUUCGAUGUGGGCGAGAGCCUGAUGGUGCCGGACGAGUUCACGGCGGAGGAGAGGAACACGGGGAUGUGGUGGCGCCACCUAGUGGCGGGCGGAGGAGCAGGCGCGGUGUCCAGGACCUGCACAGCCCCUCUGGAUCGGCUCAAAGUGCUCAUGCAGUGCCUCUCUGUUCUCCAUCAUCAUCAUCAUCACCAUCGUGCUCUGUGUGGUCUGCAGGUUCACGGGUCCCGGGCGAACAACAUGUGCAUCGUGGGAGGAUUUACGCAGAUGAUCCGCGAGGGCGGGAUGCGUUCCCUGUGGCGAGGAAAUGGCAUCAAUGUCAUCAAAAUCGCUCCCGAGUCGGCCAUCAAGUUCAUGGCGUACGAGCAGAUCAAGCGCUUGAUGGGCAGCAGCCAGAACUCGCUGGGGAUCCUGGAAAGACUCGUCGCCGGCUCCCUUGCAGGAGCGAUUGCACAGAGCAGCAUCUAUCCUAUGGAGGUCCUGAAGACCAGACUGGCGCUGCGCAAGACGGGACAGUACUCGGGCAUGGCGGACUGCGCCAAGCACAUCUUCAAGAAGGAGGGGCUGGCUGCCUUCUACAAGGGCUACGUUCCCAACAUGCUGGGGAUCAUCCCCUACGCUGGCAUCGACCUGGCGGUGUACGAGACGCUGAAGAACUCCUGGCUGCAGCGGUACGCCACCGACAGCGCUGACCCUGGCGUGUUCGUCCUCCUGGCCUGCGGGACGAUGUCCAGCACGUGCGGCCAGCUGGCCAGCUACCCUCUUGCACUGGUCCGGACCCGGAUGCAGGCGCAAGCCAGUGUAGAGGGAGCCCCUCAGAUGUCCAUGACGGGGCUGUUCAGACACAUCCUGCGGACCGAGGGGGCGUCGGGGCUGUACAGGGGGCUGGCGCCCAACUUCAUGAAGGUCAUCCCGGCCGUCAGCAUCAGCUACGUGGUGUACGAGAACCUGAAAGUGACUCUGGGGGUGCAGUCCCGGUGAGAGGGCAGGCGGGGGCGCAGGAGGGACCCAGAGAACAAGAGACUGCAGAAUCUCUGGUCGAGAGGCCCGGGGUUGCCCGAUCAUCUCAUUCUGUGAAUGUCUGAAAACACUAGGAACUGGAAAGCUACCGAUCGAUAGCGCCGCUGUGACACUGUGAAACCGUUGGACACUUGGAAGGUUCUCAGUUCAGUUUUUUUUUAAUCCCAGAGGGACAUUUCCAAGCAGUAGUUGCCUUUUAAGUUUCAGAACCCCCUCCCCCCCCCACCCCCACCCCAAAACAGAUCAGUCGUCGGACACGCGCAGCGCAGCUCAGCGCUUGUGAUCUGUUUGGGAAUGAGGACGCCUCAUCUCCCUCUGGGGUCCACGAUACCUUCUGUACUCCACUGCUGUAGCAGGUCAGUGUUGCCCUGCGUCCCCUGAGCGGAGCACCUCGACGCAGAAGAGCCUGUACAGUAUUAGAAAACCUUCUCACCUCUUCCCUUCCUGCUGUUCUAACUGCAUCCUCGCUGUCGGGUCUGGCAGGAAAGGGACUGUGCCUGCUUAUCUGCAUGGCUUUAAAGAAAACUGCCACCAAACACACACACCUGAUUGAAGGGCUCUUUUUAACUUAUUUAAAUCACCCGUGUACCUGUUAUUUUUUUAAUGUACAUUUUUAGUUCGUUUUUUUUUUUCAGGAUAACGCAUUCUUAUAUAUGUCCGAUGAAUUUGGUCUAAAUUGUCACCUGCUGUUUACAUUAGUUUGUUUUUUUAUUUGCUUUCCAAAAUGUGUAAUUUGAACUGAUUUGUUUGUCUCCCAACCCAGAAAAAAAGGAACCAAACCUGUAUACGUGCUGGGGGAGGUUACUUCUGUUGAUUUAGUCUCUAAAACAGUGUGGAUGGGGAAUCCGUAGUGUCUUAACUGUCUGCUUUUGUCUAGCAGAAUGAAUGAAGAGAGGGGUGAUGAAGCAGUGGAAUAAUUUAUUUUUGUAUGUAUCUUACAGUGCUAACCAGAUAUUUAUUUUAAAAUGGCCUGUUAAAAAAAAUGUUAUAAAUUGUAUGUUGUAAGGAGUUUGCAUGUUUAAAAAGACAAAUCAGCAUUUCAUUUCAAGUGGGUUGUCUUUGCUUAUGCCCUCAGGAGCAAAUAUGCUUUAUUGGACCUUCCUGACUGCAGUGUUAGUCUGAUUGUAAUCUUAGUCUUUGCAAAAUUGACAGUUCCAGCAAGUUGCCUGAUUGGGCAGGGGUGUCUGAAAGGAAACCUCAGUGUCUGCAAGGGAGCUCAAGAAAUCAAAAUUACAGGGGCUGCCAGUCUUAGCUUUAAUUGAUUAUAUUGAAAAAUAAUUUGGAUAAUUUUCCUCUGCAUUGUUGUGGGGGGAAAAUCGCACUGUUACAGAAAUCUGCUCUAUAAUGAGAUGUUGCAAACCUGUGAAAGGAGGUGUGAUCCAUCCAUAUUGACUGAGGAAUAUUUGAGUCCCAGAGCACUGCUUUCCACCUGCUUCCGAAUAACUAAAUAUUCUGCUUCACACUCGAGCACUUUAAAAUGCUUUAACCACAGGUGAAUGUUUCUUGUACUUGGAAAGACAAAAAGGCGGCCGUUGGAAUAUGUCACAGGUGUGAUUUUUUUGUAGCAUUAAAAUUGUUUGGUAGGGAGUUUAAUCUGUAGUCCUAGAAAUAUUAAGAUACACAAUAGUCUGAUGCUUCUAAAAGUGUAAGGGGGUGAAAAAGAAUUGUACAAGAGGGAUAAUUAUGGUUCAGUGUUUUUGGCACUCCUGUUAUGCUGUCGAACCAAAACUGCCUUGUUUUGUCCAUCUGCACCUCAAUGCCGAACCCGCACGCUGUUCAGAAAGAGAAAACGGAACUUGCCUUACUCCCGAUGUACGGAAAGCAGAUGAGUGCUAGGCUCUGUGGGACUCGGCGGCUCCUCUCCGCUGUCGGCACAGAAAAAGGAGGCUGUUCGGGUCUCGGAGUAACCGUCUCGAACUCGGUAAUGUUUCUGAGUGGCAGCCCCUUUCUUUUUUUUCCCCGUCUUGAGGUCCUCCAAUUUUGCGACGGCUCAGGUAGCCGAGAACAGAAGCUGCCCGAGGGUCACGCGUGGGCGGAGUGAACGUGCACAAGGCCGAGAGAGAGGGACACGUGCCUUCUAAGAAUGUGGCGUGAAACACAUGACCUCCUUGCGCAGUUCAGUCAAUGUGUUCCCAUACUAAGAUUUGCACAGUGGCUGCAGAGUGAUGCCCCAGGGGCCCUGUUAGUCUAUUCCACUUCAGUAUGUAGAGAAUAUAUAUUUCUUCUCAUGUCCUCCAGAUCGAUUGCCGCUUUUGGAAUCUCGCAACUGCUCUUUCGGUGUAUUCCAACAGCCCGACAAGAUGAUGUGAAUUUGACGUGUAUUAUAUAGCAUCUUCCGUGGUCCAGAAGUCUUUUUCUAAAGCUGGGAGUGUCUCCUUCAAAUCUGAAGCCUCCCUUGCUCCUGCAUCCAUGUCCCGCUGUGAGAGGCGCUGUGCCGUUUCUGUGCGUGCGACUCAUGCCAGUGCUCGCUGAAAUAUUGACGUGAUGCAAAGAUCAAUGCAAGAUAUUUGUUUCAAACGAUACUAAUUUUGUCCUUUGUAGAGUACGAGCGAAUUAAUGAAUGUAAUGCAAAUGUAUUUAUGUUAAAAGGGGGAACAAGUGUCAAAUAAAGUUCUUCUCUUAGAC